ACUCUCCAAGAGCACAAAGUGGAGGAAGUGGAAGGCGAAGUGGGCGGUGGAAGGGGAAUUGGAACGGACGAUCGGAGGUUAGAGUCGAUUGGGGGGCCGGAUUGGGUCGCAGAAUCUGCAAGAAUUGAUUGAUCUUGGGGCCGCCCAGCAGUUCGAUUUGCAUGGCGACCACCAUUCCCCCCCUGUUUAGGUGCCCAAUCUCGCUGGAGCUCAUGCGAGACCCCGUGACGCUGUGCACGGGGAUCACAUACGAGCGCAAGAGCAUCGAGAAGUGGAUCGCCGAUGGGAAUUCGACGUGCCCGGCGACAAUGCAGAGUAUGCCCAGCACGGAGCUUGUGCCCAAUCUCACACUCCGGAGCUUGAUCCACUCGUUUUGCAGCUCGCUGACCAAGGAUGGCCGGCAAGAGGAGCAAGGCUGUGAAAUUCUAGGAGCAGUGACGAUCCAGAGACUGUGUAGCUCGUCAAUUGGACUAGCGCAGGAGCUCCGGAGCGUGAGGAAGAGCUUGAUCAAGCAGCAGCAGAAGAUGAGCCCUCAAUUGCGAGAGGAUUUGAUGGCAGCGGUCAUGGCGGUGCUGGAAUCGCCAUCCAGUAGCAGCGAGAUUGUCGAGGAGGCACUGGGCACUAUCUUGUUCUUGAUGCCCACCACCUCCUCCAAGAACGCCGACGAUCACGACACACUGACACGGCUGGCGCGAUCAUCCACCGCAAUUCUCUUGUCUCGCAGCUCCAGCACGGAGGCCCGGAUAAACGCCGCUUCGAUCGUCGAGAAACUCGCCAGCGCCGACUGCGAUCUCAAGCUCCAACUGGGCUCCAGUCAGCCCCUUCUCGUCGCGCUCGUCGGGAUGCUCGCGAGCGAAUCAUCCACCACGGGCAAGGGGAGGAGGAAUUCGAUGCCCCGCGCGGGGCUCGAGGCGAUGCGAUCGCUCCUGGAGCUCCGGAGGAACAGGGCCCGGCUCGUCGCGCUGGGUGCCGUACACCGGGUCAUUGAGCUCUUACCCGAGCUGGGCAGCCGGUCAUGUACGGAACUCGGACUGUCUGUGCUCGAGCUCCUGUGCCGGAGCGCCGAGGGGAGGGAUUCCUUCGCGGGCCACGAGCUGGGGAUGUUCGCGGUGGCCAAGAAGAUGUUCCGGGUCUCGACCCUCGCCACCGAGCUCGCAGUCUCGAUCAUCUGGAGCUUGUGUAAGUUCUCCAGCAGCGAGGGAUUGAUGCGCAAGAGGGCGGUGGAUGCGAAUACGUUUGAGCGAUUGCUGCUGCUGCUUCACGUAGAUUGCAGCGCCGCGACUAAGCAGCAGGUGUAUGAGCUCCUGAAAUUCUUGCGCCAGGCGUAUAGCGAGGAGCCGUGCAUCAUCGCGGCGCCGGAUCGGGCACUGCCAGAGGCCGUGGUUCCGAUCUAUCCGCGGUUUUGAGAGGAUGAUCCAGCGAGUUUUUGUAGGAGAAAACACAUUUUUUUGGAUGAGCGAUGCGCAGUCUCAUUCACUCAUGAAUGUCGAGAAACAGACACUGGAAUUUGGCAAGCUUUUGGUUUUUUUUCUCUCUCGUGUAUGAUUCUGUAUAUCAAAUUUGUUGCUUCUUCACCCUCGAGAGCUGCCAGAUUCGAAUUCUCGGCGAGAGGAAUUUGUUUUUUCGUUUGUUCGUGCGUGCGUGCGUGCGUGCGUGCGUGCGGCGGUGAGAGCGAAUUGGAGAAGAAAAAAGA